AUGCCAGAAUAUCCACUCGAGCUUGCCGCUAACGAGGAUCUCUCGGAUGCCUUGCCCUGGCUAGAUGCUACAUCCUGCGACGUCGGGCAGAUCGUGGACGAGACAUUCACAGACUCUUUCUUCACUGAACAUCCCUCUCGGUUCUACGCACAACCUGAAGAUAGCGCCUUUAGCCUAGACCACUUCCCUGCGGCGGGGCAGGGCUUCGACGACGUUUCCUCAACAUCCAAUAUAAAAUCGGCAGAUGGAUGCCUGCUGAAGCCAACGUCAGAAAACUCGCCUCAGGAACCGGUCGUCAUUGAUAUGCUGAAAGAGCAGGAAACUCUAGCUGUUCCAGAUGCGAUUGCACUACAUCUGUAG